AUGGAGAAAAGUGCAGGGGAGAGAGAAAAGAACCUUGGCAAUGAGUGUUAUAAAAAACAAAAUUUCGAAGAUGCCCUUGUGCACUACAAUGAAGCUAUUAAACUGGAACCAAACAACCAUGUCUAUUACUCAAAUAAAAGCGCUGUACUUUUUAACUUGAAAAGAUACUCAGAAGCACUUGAAGCGGUAUUAAAAUGUAUGGAAAUAGACCCAACAUUCGUGAAAGGAUACUCAAGACUUGUGUUGAUUUACAAAGAGCUUGGUGAUAUAGAUAACGCAAUCAUAACACAAAAGAAAAUUGUUGAUCGCGAAAUGAAUUAUUCAAAUUUUAAGAAGUAUGAGGAACUCAUAUCAAUUAAAAGCAAUCAAGAAAACAAAGAGGUUCAACCUCAUACGUGUGCAAUCAACAAAUGUGAAUAUGUUUUGGUCUCCGAAUGUCAAAAUCUCUAUGCUAAAAACGAGUACAUCGCGGUUUUGGAAAAGGUGAAUAACGCUCCUUCAGAUAUCGACCAAAUCACAAAGUCCAAAAUUUUACUCGAGAAAGUGAAAGCAUUAAAAGCACUGAACAAGGAAUUUAUGCCAGAUUUAAGAGAAAGUAUUAGACUCUAUCCAUCUAAAGAGGCAUUCGACCUCACACAACCAUUUUAA